AUGUCCUCCAAAAAUUACAAAAUUAUCCAUUAAAAAAUGUCAAAUACUUCAAGAUAUCGUGAUGAUCCUUUAUCUAUUAAUAACAAAUAUUAAGUAUUUCUUGUAGAAGACAGCACAAGAGUAACAGAUUUGAUUGAAAAAGAUAAAUAAAUCCCACAUGUUUCUAUGAUUGAUAGAUUCUGGGGUCACAAAACAUAAAAACUUACAGUACAUCCACUUGUUGAAUAGAAUGAAUGUUAAUAAGAUUAAUAAAAAUAAAUAGAUAAAUAAAUAAUUACAGAAGAUAUACCUAUAAAUACUUAAUUACCUAUUUUGAAAAAGAGUAUGAGUUUGAAGAAAUUUAAAGAGAGUUUAAUAUUUGAUGAAAGAACUAAUUCAAUACCUAAAAGUACUAAAUAAAAUCCAAUUAUUGAUACUUUAUUAAGAGAUAGUGAUAUAUUUUUGAAAAAAGGAGAUCUAUUAGAAUAAGUUAAGAAUUUAAAGAGAUUGUAGGUGUUAAAGAAUUACGAAACCCAUCAGUAAAUUUAAUAUUAUAAUAAUAAGUGUGAAUUUACCUGGAGUAGGUAAAUUACCAUAUAUUAUAAAUGACUAUCAUUCAAAAAGCACAAAUCCAGGAUAUUCAAGGAAUAAUAAGGGGAAUUUUUUCACCAGAUGA